UUGGUUGUGUUGGUCCAUCGAUUAAUUUGACAGAUGAUUGUGUUGUCAACAAUGCGUUCCUCAAAACAAAACACGCAACGUUCUUAGAAAAAAACAUAUUCACUCAUUUAGCAUUUGGAUUAUAUUACCAACUCGCCAGUAUGUACCACGAAAAGCAGCAGCGAGAAUUGUGCGCUUUGCACGCACUGAACAACUUAUUUCAAGACAAAUCGUCCUUCAGCAAAUCACAACUUGAUCAAAUUUGCCAGAAUCUGUCUCCAAAUGAGUACAUCAAUCCUCACAGAUCCAUCCUUGGACUGGGAAACUACGAUGUGAAUGUUAUCAUUGCCGCUUUGCACAUGAAAGAUUGUGAAGCUAUCUGGUUCGACAAGCGAAAAGAUCCAUCACGAAUCGAUACAUCGAAAAUAGUUGGCUUUAUUCUGAACGUUCCGAGCAAUUACAAAGUGGGGUUUGUGAAGUUACCGAUACAGCGCAGGCACUGGAUUGCUAUCCGACAAAUCAACAAAGAAUACUGGAAUCUUGAUUCCAAACUGGAUGCUCCUCAAUGUUUAGGAGAUGAAUCAAGCAUGCUACAGUACCUACGAGAGCAACUUCAAAGCAAUGAUAAGGAGUUGUUUGUUGUGUGCACAGGCGAAGUGGAUAAAUCACAACAAUGGCUUCUGCCAGACAAUGAACAACGGUGAAGGAAAUACGGGAAAUAGAGUUAAAUAUCGUUA